AUGCCGAGAGACCCAGAGAGAUUCAAUGAACACCCAUAUCAUUCAGUUAUUGAUGAACCCCUCUUCCUGACUAAGAACUACCAACACAUCUUGGCCUUGAUAUUUGCUGUGAAGGAAAUCAAUGAAAACCAGCAGAUAUUGCCAAAUGUCACCCUGGGUUCCAUCGUCUAUGACAGUUAUGGUGGAAGAUGGACCUAUCAUGCCACCAUGGAGCUUUUUGACAACUGGAAGAGAUUUAUCCCCAAUUACAAGUGCUGUCUUCAGAACCUCUUGAUGGCAGUUAUUGGAGCACAAUACUCUCAAACCUCCCUUGAUAUGGCAGAUAUCUUGGGCAUCUACAAAAUUCCACAAAUAACAUAUGGCUCUCCUCCCGAGAUGCAUGAGGAAGGUGAAUCCCAUCUUUUCUACCAGAUGGUCCUAAAUGAACCCUAUCAAUAUAGGGGGAUUAUUCAGCUACUUCUGCACUUCAGGUGGACUUGGGUUGGUAUCCUUGCUAAAGAGGAUGAUGGAGGAAGGUUUGUGAGGAAGAUGUUUCCCAUGUUCCCACUCCAUGACAUCUGUGUGGCCUUCUUAGAAAGAAUAAAGAUGUUCUAUCUCAGUAGCAUUUUUGAUGACUUGAGUUGGCUAAUAAGAACAUAUCAUGUUUCCAUGAAGAGCAAGGCCAAUGCUGUGAUAGUCUAUGAAAAUAAUGUUCUGCAUUUGAGGUUGUUGCUCUACCUGCCCCAAAUGGAAAUCGUGUCAACUGAGCCCAAAGGUAAGGUGUGGAUCAUGACAGCUAAGAUGGAGCUCACAUCAUACCUUUAUCAAAGGGCCUGGGAUAUACAAGUCAUCCACGGUGCUCUGUCCUUUGCAGUUCACUCAGAUGAAGUGCCAGGUUUCAAAGCAUUUCUUCAAAGCAGAAAUCACUUUUUACCAAGAGAUGAUGGUUUCAUCAAAGACUUCUGGGAGCAGGCCUUUGACUGUGUAUUUCCUAAAACAUUUGUUAACCAGAGAGCCGAGGGUGUGUGCACCGGGGAGGAGAAGCUGGAGAGCCUCCCUGGGGCUUUUUUUGAAAUGAGCAUGACCGGCUACAGCUACAAUGUCUACAAUGCAGUCCAUGCAGUGGCACGUGCUUUCCAUGCCCUUCAGUUUGGACGCAGAGCAAAUGGGAAUCAUGGAAGACGGAAUCUUCAGGAUCAGGAGCCAUGGCAGCUACACCCGUUUCUGAAAAGCAUCUCAUUUAACAACACUGUGGGAGAUGAGAUUUCUUUUGACCACAAUGGAAUACUGUUGACAGGAUUUGAUCUUGUGAACUGGGUCACAUUCCCAAACCAAUCCUUUCAUCGAGUGAAAGUUGGAAAGCUGGAUCCCCAAGGUCUUUCAAAUGUGAGGUUCACCAUUCAGGAUGAGGCCAUCACAUGGCACAGCAGCUUCAACCAGGCACUGCCUCUUUCUGUGUGUAUGGAAAGCUGCCACCCAGGGGAUUUCCGUCAAAAGCAAGAAGGGAAGCAGAGUUGCUGUUACGACUGUGUCCAGUGUCCCAAAGGAAAAAUGUCAAGCCAAAAUGAUAUGGACAACUGUCUUGAAUGUCCAGAAGAUCAAUAUCCAAACCAACACCAGGAUUCCUGUGUUCCCAAGAUCUCCACCUUCUUAUCCUUUCAAGAACCUUUGGGGAGCAGCUUAGCUAUCUUGUCAUUUUCCUUGUCUUUCUUCACACUUCUGGUUCUGGCCGCAUUUUUGAAAAACCACCACACGCCCAUCGUCAAAGCCAACAACAGGGACCUCACCUACACACUCCUCAUCUCCCUCCUGCUCUGCUUCCUCUGCACACUGCUCUUCAUCUCUCCUCCGGGGGAGAUCAUUUGCCUCCUCCAACAGAUGAGCUUCAGCCUAGCCUUCUCAGUGGCCGUUUCCUGCGUGCUUGCAAAAACCAUCACUGUGGUGCUGGCUUUCAUGGCCACCAAGCCAGGCUCCAAGAUCAGGAGAUGGGUGGGCAAGGGCCUGGCCAAUGCCAUUGUUCUUUCCUGUUCCUUUGCUCAAGCGUGUAUUUGCAUUGUGUGGUUGGUGGUCUCUCCCCCAUUCCCAGAUGCUGACAUGCACUCAGUGCCUGAAGAAAUUGUUCUGAGAUGCAACGAAGGGUCUCCAGCUAUGUUUUACUGUGUUCUGGGCUACAUGGGCUUUCUGGCCAUGGUCAGUUUCAGUGUGGCUUUCUUUGCCAGGAGGCUACCUGACAGUUUCAAUGAAGCCAAGUUCAUCACUUUCAGCAUGUUGGUCUUUUGCAGUGUCUGGCUAUCCUUUGUUCCCACCUACCUGAGCUCCAAGGGGAAAUACCUGGUAGCUGUGGAGAUCUUCUCCAUCUUAGCUUCUAGCUCUGGCUUGCUCAGUUGCAUAUUUUUCCCAAAAUGUUAUCUCAUUCUUAUAAGACCAGAGUUAAACACCAGGGAGGGGUUAAUGAGGAAAAAAUAUUGA